AUGUGCGCGGUGAUGGGAGAAAGAGAAAGUUCAAACCUUUGUCGGCCAUGAAGAAAUUCUUCACCAAGAAAAAGGACAAGAAAGACAGUGUUGUAGCUGUUAAGGCCAAAUCGACAACGGCGUUGCCGGCGGAGACGGACGAUGAUGAAGAUGACGACGACGGAGGAUUUAGAGCCCAUUCUAAACGAUCGGUACUAGCUGGCAACCGAAGCCUGUCUGAGGACAGCGUCUUUUCUACGGAGGCAAGGGGUCAGCCAAUCGCUGCGUUCCCCAAGGCAGCUCUGUCAGAAGAGAGUCUGCCUAAAUCAGCGUUUCAGAGCGAGUUGAUGUCAAAACUCAACAAAAGACGCUCCGAGUACUUGGAUGACGACAAUGAUGACGGCCUGCCACGGAGUCCUGUCCCAGCGGUCACCACAGCUGACGUCAUCUUGGGCGAGCCACUGAAGAAACAACUUAGCCAGUUUGGCAAAACAUCAAAUAACAGAGAUAGUGACCAGAGCCUAAUCAGUGUGGACAGCUCAGAAAACGAAGAGGAGGAAUUGUUUAUGAGCAAGUGGAAAAGCUCAGUGCCCGCCAGAAAGUCUGCUAGUCUACCAGCCACUUCCAGCAAAACAAUGGACACUCUAGACUUCAACAGCAUCCAGAAGACAGAGCUGCUGGUGAGCAAAGCAGCCAAGCACAAGAUGAAGGUGAAGCCAGCACGGAAGGCUAACCGACAGUCCCUGAAACAUCGUGAUACAUCAUCCCCAACACCCUUACCUUGUUUGAAUGAGGAAUCUCCCACAAGCUCUAAAUAUGAAGAGGUCAAAGAAGGCCGCACAUCGGCAGCACCACCUCCAGCAGUAUCUGCAGCAGCCCCACCUUCUGCAGUAUCUGCAACACCUGCCCCAACAGUGUCUGCAACAGCAGCAGCAUCAGUGUCUGCAGUAACCUCACAAUCACCAACAGCAGCAGUGUCUGCAGUAAUCUCACAGCCACCAACAGCAACAGUGUCAGCACAGUCACCAACAGUUGCAUCAGCACCAUCGCCAACAACAGUAGUCUUUGCAAUACCAUCACCAACAGCGGUAGAAACAGCUACCACACCAGUAUCUCCAACUGUGCGUUUUCCACCACAAACAGGCAGUAUCUCGGACUUACCGCCCCACAACAUGUCACAGUCUGGUUCUGCCACUCUCCCCUCUGCAACUGUUGCUCAACUGAUUGCUGCGCCAAAAGUGUUUGAAAAGAAAAUUGAAGAAAACUUAUCUUUGAGUGAUAGAGGUGACAAAACGAUUUUGUCUGACACACAUAUUUCAUUCCAACGGUUGAGCCAGAGUCAGAAAGGAGUGACUGAUAAUAAAUUUGAUACUGACAUUAAAUCAAGAAUGAGCCACUUUCAGAUGCCAGGCCCAUCUAGUGGUAAACUUGAUGCCUUCAAUAGCACCCCAGCAGACAUCUUGCCCAAUAAAGAAACAAAUCUUGAAUCUACUUCAGUAACAGUUCUUAAAGAGGAUUACAAAGUUAAACAUCAGGUUCGCAGUAGAACCUUGCCGGCUGUCAUAGGGGAACAAACUUCCCCGAAGGUGCAGAGAUCUAGUUCCCAUCGUAUUCCGAACAAAGGAAUAGAUUUUCCGGAGCCUCGAAAUGAUUCUACAGUUCUUUCAGAUGAAAAUGUUAUUUUAUCAUCAACUUCAGUAUCAUUAUCAUCGUCUUUGCCAGAUUCUAAGAAGUCAGAAAGUGUUAAAGUUUCUACUGCAGAAUCUAAAGUGGGGAUUUCUGCUGGUGAACCAUCUUGGAUGAAUAUGGUGCGAAGGAAGAAAAGUGGGCAAGAAACAAAUAUAGAAAUUGAGAAAGUAAAGACAGACGAUGCUGCUGCAACAACAAGACCUGGUUUAAGCACAUCUGCGCCUAAAUCAAUAUUUACUUCUUCCAGUUAUCUGGAAAAGAAGAGAGGUAGUACCGAAGCUGUUUCCUUCAAGGGUCGGGAGCUGUCAGAAGCAUCUGCUAAAAAGGCUGACAGUUCUGAUACCAAACGUCAAAGUUUAGACUUAACUUCUCAAAAUAAACAAGCUGCUACUGAGCCUAGUUCAAGUAGUAAAGAGUCUGUUGAGGUAGAGGUAACCCAUCUGGGGUCAGUCAAAGCCUCCAGGGGUAUUUUUGAUUCCAGUUCAAAGUUUGUGAGCCAGAGAGACAGUGUAAUACCAACACCUUCUGCAGCAUCUACUGCUGCUGAGCGAAUCAGAAAGUUUUCAAGUUCUUCAUCAGCAAUACCUGGCUCAAAUUCAGUGAAAGGUUCAAAUACCAACCAAGAGGUCCCAGCUGCUGCUGCUGUUGCAAAUGAUGCCAAGCCAGUUGCUCCUGUUGGUGGCAUUACUCAUGCCCGAGGUGGCAGUGUGAAAGCAUCACUUCCUAAAGCAACUGAGGUCAAGUCCUCUAUCUAUACUCGGAAUGGAAGCGUGAAAGGUCCCUCAACACUCUCUGCCGCUUCCAGCUCGACAUCAGAGUCACCAGCUUCAGCAUCAGUCAAAGCUGAAGCAGUGUCCGCCUUCAAACCUGACAGCUUCGAGACAACCCCACCAUCAGCAUCACCUCAACCAUCUGCACAGCAUGUACCAGCGCAUGUAGCUGCACCACCUAAUCCUAGCUUGCCUUCUCAGACAUCUUCGGUAACACCUUUAACUUACUUGGUACAACCUUUUAACGCUUACUCAUCAAAUCCUUCAAAUAAUUAUGCUUUGGCUUCAAGAUCUGCUUACGCUGCAACCAAACCCUACAGUAAAUUUACUUCUGCACCCACAAAUACAGCCACAAUCCUACCCUACCCCGCUUCAGAACCUGCUUUAAUUGCUGUUAAAACUGCUUCUAUACCAAACGUAAAACUGUUGACUUCAUCUUCUAAUGCUGCAACUUCUUCUUUUGCUUUGCCAAAUGUAUCAUCAUCGUCAUCAUCAUCAAGGAAAAAUAGUAUGAAAUCAACUUUAUCUUUAUUUACACAAGCGUCUUCAUUGUCAUCGUCAACACUUUCUGUAUCGCACUCAAGCACCAUUCAAGCACAGUCAUCUAUAACCUCAUCAACAGCUUCCAAAUCUCACUCAUCCCAUGUAUCUCAAUUUAAUUCCACAAGCACCUCAUCCAUUAGAAAAUCAUCAUCAUUCAAAGCUGCCACAACAUCCUCUGAGAAAGUGGUUCCAUUCCAGAAAGUGGUGGUUCCUGAGAAGUCAGCAGCAGACGUCAGGAAGCAGGCAACACCAGCCAAGGUGCCAGCAUGGCGGACAAACCUGUUGAGUAAAGAGGUCAAGAUAGAGAUCAUAGAAAACUCGCCUUCUCCGGCUCCAGCGUCAUCUACUCAGACAAGUUCGGAGAAUCUUAGAAAACCUCAUGACAAGGCCAAACAGCAAGAGACCCUGAAGAAAACGGAAGGCACAGCGGCUGCUGGGUUAACUGUUGAAACAGAGAAAACAACCAGAAGAACAUCGAAAGUGUUGGACAUGGUGAAGAAUUUCCAGAACCUUCAAGCGCCAUCAUGA